CGCACGUCUCUCUCCGUUUGUUUACUUAACUCCAAAUUUUUAUAUAAAGAGAGGGUUUAGAAAUACUGCACUCUACACAAACCAGAGUUAAAGAGUUUACUCUUCAUCUUCUUAGUCGUCGACUCUUGUUUCUUUCACACUCUUAGCAACCAUGUCUUUGCUCUCAGAUCUCAUCAACCUCAACCUCUCCGAAUCCGGCACCAAGAAGAUCAUUGCUGAAUACAUAUGGAUUGGUGGAUCUGGCAUGGACAUCAGAAGCAAAGCAAGGACAAUCUCUGGUCCAGUGAGUGAUCCUUCAAAGCUUCCAAAAUGGAACUAUGACGGUUCUAGCACUGGUCAAGCCCCUGGUGAAGAUAGUGAAGUCAUCCUAUACCCACAAGCCAUCUUUAAGGACCCAUUCAGGAGGGGAGAGAAUAUUCUUGUUAUUUGUGAUGCAUACACCCCAGCUGGAGAGCCAAUCCCUACAAACAAGAGAUACAAUGCUGCCAAGAUCUUCAGUCACCCUGAUGUAGCCUCUGAAGAACCAUGGUAUGGUAUUGAGCAAGAGUAUACUUUGUUACAGAAAGACAUUAACUGGCCAGUUGGGUGGCCAAUUGGUGGCUACCCUGGACCACAGGGGCCAUACUACUGUGGCAUUGGUGCCGAUAAAGCCUAUGGUCGUGACAUUGUUGAUGCACAUUACAAGGCUUGUAUCUAUGCUGGCAUCAACAUUAGUGGCAUCAAUGGAGAAGUUAUGCCUGGCCAGUGGGAAUUCCAAGUUGGUCCUUCUGUUGGUAUCUCUGCUGGUGAUGAGGUUUGGGCUGCUCGCUACAUACUUGAGAGGAUCACGGAAAUUGCUGGAGUGGUUGUUUCAUUUGAUCCCAAGCCUAUCCAGGGAGACUGGAAUGGUGCGGGUGCUCACACUAACUACAGCACAAAAUCGAUGAGAAACGAUGGAGGGUAUGAAGUAAUAAAGAAGGCGAUUGAGAAGCUUAAAUUGAAGCACAAAGAUCACAUUGCUGCCUAUGGAGAAGGCAAUGAGAGACGCCUCACUGGAAAACAUGAAACUGCAGACAUCCACACCUUCUCUUGGGGAGUGGCAAACCGUGGAGCAUCAGUAAGAGUUGGAAGAGACACAGAGAAGAAUGGAAAAGGUUACUUUGAGGACAGAAGGCCAGCUUCUAACAUGGACCCUUAUGUCGUAACUUCCAUGAUUGCGGAGACCACCAUCCUCUGGAAGCCAUGAAUCGUCAAUUUCAUCACAUCACCACCGCCACCAUAUAUAAAACCCCCAUAAAUGUUGUGUUUAAUCCCAUCAUUUUAGUGUCUCUCUUUUUUUUUAUAUGCAAAAGCAUUUUGUGCACCAUGUGUGUGCAUUUUGUUGUUGGAUGACAAUAAUUACUAUCAUAUCAUCAUUGCUAAUAACAUGAAUUGCUUCCCCGUUUCUCAA